AUGGCGACGAAUCGUUCGUCGUCGUCUUCGGAUCAAGUCGUUCAUCGUUUAGUUGAUCUCUUUCGUUCCAAUGGCCAUCGAGUCUUGCACGGUGAUAGUAAAGUGUGUUUCACAUCGGAUUCCUUAACACUACUGAAUAAUUACUUUCAAGCUGCUCAACUUGAAUUUACAAUACCAGUAACAACGGAUCGUCCAAGAACGAAUUCAUUACCACCCUUACCGGUCUUAACAUCAAUUCAAAAUAUCAAAAUUACUCCUAAACUUCGCGAAGAUUUACUAUUCCUACAUGAUUUUCUACAGAAAAUUCAAACUGUAAAAUUAAUUCACCAUGCUGGUACGCUUCGAGGUAAUGUUCUUCUCUAUCCAUUUCAACAUGUCACAUGCUUGGAGUUGAAAAAAAUUUCAUCGCAUAUGGUGCAUGGAUUGUCUUUACUCCGUCCCCAACUGGAAACAUUGAUAUGCUCACAGUCGGUGACAAAUAUCGAAGAUUUGAUCGGUGACUGUGCUGGUGAUUCCGUCCGACGUGACACAUGGCCUCGACUGAAAUCAUUGUUUCUUGCUCAUAAUUUCAUUGAACGGAUAGAUCAAUCAUUAAAAUAUUUAGUUGCACUUGAGGUACUUGAUCUAAGUCAUAAUCGAUUACAGGAUUGUUCGAAUAUAUUAGACAUUAUACCACAUAUAAGACAUUUGAAUCUUUCAUCGAAUCAAUUACGCAUUGUACCGAUUUGGUCCGGUGAAAGAGGUCAAUGUCGGUUAGCAACACUUAAAAUGCGGCAAAAUUGCCUUGAAGAAAUAACUGGUAUUGAAAAUAUGAAAUCCAUCGAUGAAUUAGAUUUGAGUGAUAAUUUUAUUACAUUAAUCCCAGAGCAAAUCCGACAUAUGUCAAUGCUCAAACGACUCUAUUUUGCACGAAAUCCAUUUACAUAUGCUUCUAACUAUCGUCAAGAAAUUAUCAUGAAUUUACCAUUUGUAUUCGCACAAGAAGCUCGAGAACUUUUAAUUGAUAAUCAAGCACUCACACCUAGAGAAAAACAACGUAUUCCACUGAGACGUACUCGACCGCAACAAACAAUCCCGUCGUUUCCAUUAUAUUCACCACCUCCAUCAACACAGAAUACAACCACGAGUGAGUCGACGACAGAACCAGAAUCAAUCGUAACAAAUUCAUCAGGAACAGUUGUUACUCGACGGCGAUCUCGCCGAAAAUUUCGUGAUGGUAACUUACGACCAUUGGACGCUGAUGAAACGCCAACUGAACAAGCAACAUCCGGAUCUGACAAUGAAUCUAAUGCUCAUCGGCGUCGGUCAAACAAAACAAACGAAUCACGUAAUGAAAAUAAUAGUUCUAAUCUUGCUCAAACAGUAAUCAUGGAACAAGAUGAAAAUCUAUCGAAAUCAGCAACGCCCAUCGCAAGUAGUGUUCCACGAAAAUUGGCCAAUGACCUAUCCCAUUCACCAAAUCGAAGGAAAAGCCCGCGUGCUCGUAAAGCUGAUGCUCCAAACAAGCUCGUUUUCGAAGUUCUUGACGCCAAUAACACUUCAUCUGAUGAUACACCCGUACCCGAUUCACCUAAAUCAGAGAAAAACAUUCUUAUCGAUACAAAACAUCAAACACCGAUUCCGGUUCUUCAACCAACAAAUCACUUUCAUGAGGACGAAAAUACUGGCGAUAGUAUUCGAACAAUAUAUUUCGUCACUGAUCAAACAUCGAACACCAAUGGAAGUAAUCGUUUGCUAACGAUCGAAAUCGACCCGAUGUGUCUUAUUGAAAAAGAUAAUGACGAUGAAAAUUAUCUGGAGAAAAUGCCGUAUGGGAUGAUUAACUUGUUGACUAAUAAAGAUAGUCGAGCGAAAACAGUAGAAUUCACGUUCGAAAAACGAAGAAAUGAAAUGGAAAAUCGAAUUUAUCUAUUCGAUACAAAACAAGAUCAAAUAGCAUUUAUUGAAGAAAUCCAACGACACUUAGAGUCAUCAGUACCUGUGGAAUUAUCAGUCGUUUCGCCCGUAUUCCUACAAUGUUCGAGCUGUGGAAAAAAGUUUCCACCAUUAUCUAGCAUGCACAAUGCUGAGUAUACAUCGUCGCCCAUUUGUUUGAAUUGUCAGAAUGCGACGUUGCCAACUGUUCCGGUUGAAACCAUUUCAUCGGUGCAAUCACGGACAACUAUCGAUGUUUCCUCUGACGAUACUAAUCUUGAUCAUCGAUUACAUUUUCAUGUCGCAACUGAACAUUUUACACAUAAUGAUGAACAAAUCAAACUGCAUUUCAAAUGUUUUGUUGUUCGUUCAACAACAAGCAAAUAUUUCAUCGCACAAACUAUUCUUACCAACCAUGGUAUCUACAUAUUCCAAUAUGAACCAUCAAACGAUGAAGAAGAUUUGGAAUAUAUAUUAGUCGGGAAAGAUUUGUUGACUAAUGUACUUAUGCUUGAUGUUGGUUAUCGAAUGCAAACAUUCACGAUCGAGUUGCAAUCAGCAGCAUUUGCCUUUCUUCUUGCAAACCAAGAAAAAACGCAAAAAAUAGUUAAUCACAUCCUCGAAGUUCUUUCACCCAUUGUCCAAAGCGGUGAAGGUGCACUACAAAAAAUCAGUCGUAUUAGUUCCGAUGAAUACCGACAACGCUUGUUCGAUAUUAUCAAACUUGAAUGCCAUAUCGAAGAGCCGAAUGACGAUAUGAUAGAUUUUUAUUCGAUUAUGAUUCGAAUGGAUCAAGCUGGAAAUAGUCAAAUGAUUGCUCUGUUGCUUCUUCAAAAUUGGAUUCUAAUGAUCGAAGAUGCUUAUGCAACCAUUAACUCGCGUCACGUUCGUUUACCAGCUCAACCAACAUCCGAAUCGAAUACCAAUCCUCAAUUGAAAUGUGAUCUUAUGCAUUUGGUUAACGUUACAAAUUACACCAAUCAUCCACAAAUGUUUGUGUUCGACUUUGUUGAUGAAUCUGAAACGAAGGAAUUUCAAUGGACAUUGCAAAGUUUAACAACGGAAAGUAAAGACGAAUUUUUAACCAAAGUUCGACGCACCUAUCAAACAUUAAUGGAUGUUCCUCUGCCAGAAAAACUUACAACUGUCUAA